UUGCAGGAAAAUCCAUGAAAUGGACGCCGCAAAGAUGGAAAUAUUUCACGAUAUCAAUGAGAGAAUGCAACCAAAUACUUCUACAGCUACCAUCGAAGCUGAUGCUCAACAGGAUAAUGUAUCGAUUGCAGAUGUACUACGGCAAACUGCUAACGCAUUUUUGCGUGAUAAAUAUCUUCAAGGUUUUGAAUUUCAUGAAGAUUGUCAACUAUAUUAUAAUCCGAUAACAGGCUAUUAUUAUGACCAAAAUACUGCCUUAUUCUAUCAUCCGUCAACGAACUGUUAUUAUUUUUACAACAAUCAAACGGACAGUUACGUAUAUUACACAAGAAUUCCCUGUGAACAUAUUUGGACAGAUAAAUUGGCCGAACGGAAAGCAGUGACGAUGUUGGGCGAAUCAUUCGCUGCAGGUAUGACGCAAAUUGAAGUGGACGUCUUCGAGUGUUUGAAUUCGUUACUGAAGAUUGUUUUAGAAAUGGAUGAUAGCGACAAUUGUGAUGAGCUGGAUGAUGAAAUAAGUACACAUAUCCAAGAAGAAAGAAUGGAUUAUGCACCAUGUGUUCGUAUCAUUGAAAAAACGAGUGGAGCAUUGCAUGUAGUUACAAUUACUGGUGCAAGAAUUGGGACUGCUCCCGAUUGUGAAAUCCAGUUAUUUUCGGGGCAAUUUUCAAACAAUAAAUGUAGUGCUGUUAUCAAUUACAACGAGACGGAGCAGAAAUAUUUUGUGACAGUCAACGAAAAGGAACCGGAGGUUUUCCGUAACAAACUAAAGAUUGAUGUGAAUGAAGUAGCAAUUGUAGAUCAUGGCGAUGAAUGGCAAUUUGGGGAACAAGAAUUUUUGGCUCACAUUCAUUACGGGACGAAUACGUGUGGUGCAUGCGAACCUGGUUUACUAAAAAGCGAUCAAGUCACAAUUCAGGAGCCUAAUGAUUAUCCCCCGGCUGGGAAGGUAUCAAAGGAGACACUAAGACGGCGAAAUUUGCGGAAUAUGAAGAAACAGUAUGGUAUAUUUGAUGAUGAAGAACAUUACCGAUGUAAAUAUCAAAAGAAGGAGCGAAAUUUGUUAGUUAACGAUGCUGAAAACAAGGAUCAAUCAAUUUACGCAAAUUGUUUGGCAAAACCUUUGCCAGAAAUGAUUGUUGCUUCGACAGAUAUAACUCCAUCAUCAGCAAAAAUGUUAAACGAAAGUAAUCGAGGAUUUGGUAUGCUUCAACGAAUGGGUUGGAAGCAAGGUACCGGUUUGGGACGAAGAGAAGAUGGGAUUACAGAACCGGUGAUUGGUGAAGUCCGUCCUAACCGUGCUGGACUUGGGCUUAAAAAUGAAGUUAAAUUUGAAAUGUCAAGGAAGCAGGAUAAAAAACAAUAUUUGCUGAGAAUUACAAGGCAACGUUUCCAAAAAGCUGAAAUUUUUACUAUAGAUGACGACGAUAAUGAUACAACAUGAAGCGUAUUCUGAUUAGAUUGGUUAUUUAUGUAUACUUUGAUUUUAAAUAAUUUGUGAAUUUGUAUUUUAUUUGAAUGCUCGUUUUGAUGCCUUUUGAUGAUAGCGAUACAUUUGUUCAUGUGUUAAUUGAUCUUUGACACAUUUUUGAUUCUUUAGUCUAGUGAAGCAAAUAGUUGCUGCCUCAAAUUUGCAUGAAGAAAAUUCAAAUAAUUUCUUGAUAUGUUGC